AUGCUGGAUCGUGUCGGAACCCUCAGAGCCGGUAGCCAAUGGGAGCCCCACGAUAUCUCAGGCUUGGGUGAGCAGCUUCGCUAUUUCUCGACACCACCACAAAUCCCUCGACUCCGCCGACUCGCCGACCCGGUCACUACGCGUCGGGAGGACGAUGCUACCGUCGCCUUACCACUAGAGUCCCUCACCCGAACCUCACUCUUUGGAUCCGGGAUCAUGCCACCCGUUCUUCACCCCAAAUCGCGGAUGACGUCGUCGCUCUUCGCAACGACCGUCGCCGCAUGUUUCCUCGUCGUCACGAUGCCGCAUCUACUCCCCUGCCCAGUACCACGGGCCCGAUUCGCCGACGGAGAAAUCAUGGUUGACGAGAACGGCCGGCGGAUGCGAUGGAAGAAGAAGGACAGCACCCCCAAGGUGGAGCACGGCAUUGUGCAGUUCAACGAUGUGUCGGCCGAAGACGUCCAGCAAGGAAAGGACCGAGUGCGGAGGGAGUGUCCUGUGCCGAAGCCUGGAGGCAUGCUUGGCGAGUGGUUGGGUUUCCACAAGGGCGAGGGCGAGAUCGAGACCAGAGCUGGUCGGUGA